GCGCUGCAGUGUGUUUGUAGGGAUACUCCCUGCCGUGGCGAGUUCCUGUCUGUUCCGGAAGUGACGUCAGCACACGGAAAGCGUCGCCUUGGUAACUGCUUAACGCUACUGUGUCCUCCUUCCCAAUCCUAGACCUUUGUCAGGUUUAAUUCCUACAACUAAAAAUGACUGAUCAACUUAAGUUCAUUGUGGAAAAGCUGAACAAGGAACCAUUUAAGAAGAACUUUAAUUUGAUAACAUUUGACUCGCUGGAGCCCAUGCAGCUGCUGCAGGUCCUGAACGAUGUGGUUGCUGAGAUUGACUCAAAGCAUUCUGUUGACAUUCGUGAGGAAAUGCCUGAUCAAACAGCCAAGAGAAUGUUGAGCAUUCUUGCUAUCCUGAAAUACAAACCUGCAGGAAAUUCAGGAGACAUGAGUACAUUUCGGCAAGGUCUAGUUGUUGGAAGCAAACCCGUUAUUCACCCAUUGUUAUGCUGGCUGCUGCAGAAAACGGGCGAGUUAAAGAAGAGGGCGUAUUUGUCACGUUUUCUGGUAAAAUUGGAGGUCCCUGCAGAGUUUCUUCAGGAUGACAUAGUGUCUGAGACUAACAAGCAGUAUGAAGACCUGAUGGAGAACUUCAAAAGUCUUCAUAAAGAGUGCGAGCAACUAAAAUCAUCUGGGUUUUCAACAGCAGAGAUUAGGCGGGACAUCAGCGCAAUGGAAGAGGAAAAGGAUCAGCUAAUGAAGAGAGUUGAACGUCUUAAAAAAAGGGUGGAGACAGUUCAGAAUCAUCAACGGAUGCUUGAAAUAGCAAGUCUGCUGCGAGUUGAGAAAGAAAGAGCUGACUCUCUGGCUCUACAGAAGCAGGAGCAAAGAAAUCAGCUAUUUAGUGCAGAACAGAAACUGCAAAGAGCACAACAUCAGUUGAAAAAUAUGCGUCAUGCUGCAGCCGAUGCAAAGCCAGAAGGCCUAAUGAAACGACUAGAAGAAGAAAUUAAAUUUAAUACAUACUUGGUUUCUGAAAAGCUUCCCAAAGAGCUUGAGAGCAAGAGCCAGACUCUGAGUUUCAUGCAGAGAGUUGUCAAUGAACAAGUCAUCGAAGACUCUGAUCUUGCAGAGCUUGAAACUAAGAUCCAACAAGUUAAUGCAGAAAUUAAUCAUUUGAUUGAAAAGAGAAUGAGAAGCGAUCCAAUGGAUGACAAGUUGUCUCUUUUUCGACAGCAGGCAGCUAUUAUCUCCCGAAAGAAAGAAACUAAAGCGGAAGAAUUACAGGAAGCUAAAGAAGAGAUUGGCAACCUAGAGAGGGAAAUAGCACAGAAAUCCAGCCAGGCCAGAGAUGCAGAUGGCUCUGAAAUGUUAAGAGGAGAUGAGUUUAAACGUUAUGUUGGCAAACUGCGGGGGAAGAGUUUGGUGUUUAAGAAGAAUCGGCAAGAAUUAGCGGAGCUUACUGCAGAAUGCGGUGUUCUGCAAAGAACAGAGCAAAUCCUAAAGCAACGCCAUGACAGCAUGCAGCAGCAACUACAAUCCAUAGAACAGAAAAGGGGAAUAUCGGGUUACAGUGAUACACAGGAGGAGUUGGAGAGAGUCUCUGUCUUAAAAAGCGAAGUGGAUGAAAUGAAGGGACGAACUCUGUAUGACAUGUCUGACAUGGUAAAGAAGUUAAACUCCUUGAUAUCGGAUAAAAAGUCAGCAUUAGCCCCUGUUAUAAAAGAGCUGAGACCUUUACGUCAGAAAUGUCAGGAGGUGACCCAGGAGCAUGAUGAAAAGAAAGCACAAUAUGACAGCUGCGCUGCUGGCCUGGAGAGCAACUGCUCCAAGCUAGAGCAGGAGGUCAGAGGGCUUCAGGAAGAGUUCAGUCAAGCUGAGAGCCAAUAUCAUUACAUAAACUUGAUGAUAAAGAGUGCUGAAGUACAGCUACAACGUGCUGCUGACGAGAUGAAAGCUUAUGUGUCUCCUGACUCCCAGGAAAGGAGAAAAGCUAUGAGGGAUCAAUAUUCAAAGAACAUACAAGACCAAGAAAACCUGGGAAAGAAAUUAAGAGAGAAGCAAAAAUCGGUUAAAGAAAGCCAUGGGCCCAACAUGAAACAAGUGAAGAUGUGGAGGGAUUUUGAACAGCUGAUGGAUUGUAAGAAAAUGUGCUUUCAGAAGCAGCAACAUCUAGCAACAACUGAGCGGGUUAUUCAAGGAGGAGGAGAAGAUCGUCUCAUCUUAUAGACAUUGCAUAUUUAUUUCUGUCCUAUAUAGGGGUAUAUUCAAUUAGGGUCGAAAACUGCCAUCUGUCGAAAAGACAGCAGUUUUCGACUAUUUCAGGUCGAAUCGUGAUUCGACCUAUUCAAUCCCAGCUGUUUUUAUUUGACAAGUCUGGGAAUUCGACUUGUUGAAUAGUGCGCGAAUCGGCGGUAUACAGUAGCUGCUGAUUCACGUACUUUUGAGGGAAACCGUUUCAGACCAUCUCAGUCCGACAUAAAAAAAUGUCGGACUGAGAUGAGGGACUGUGGAGGA